UUACCCGAUUUAAUCAUAUUAAUUGAGUAAUUAAUUAAUCGAAAGAAAUUUAAAAUAUGUAUUUUUGUUUAGAUGCAAUUAUUUUUGGCCCUUCUUCAUUACAAAUACACAAUUUGCAAGCAGGUUGUGUUGUAUUAUGGCGGUGUUCAUCUUCCAGAGCUGAACUCAGCUUCUGCACAACACAUACAAUUCUUCUUUGAUUCUAAAUUUCUCUCUCUCUGUCUCUCUUGAUCUCUAUCUCUCUCUCUCUUGAUUUCUCUCUCAGUUGCAGCUGCACCAUGAAAUCUACCAGAGAGAAAGACGACGAUCGAUGCAUCACUUGGCAUAUGCACACCCUCCAUCGCCGUCUUCUUCAUGCCUUAGACCUUGGCACCAGACAUUUUGAUGAGAAGACAAAAAGAUGGAAUUGGCAGUGCGCAAACAUUGAAGUGCAGAAAAAUGUACUGCGAUCGAUUGAUGCAUUUCUUGAUUCUAUAUCAGGAAAUGCACGUGCAGCACAUCAUGCUAUCUUUAAGGAAUCUCUUGCUGAUGUUUUGGGAGCAUUAUUAUGGAUUCUUCAAUGCAAAAGUGUUUCCUUGUUAAGCAUGUCAUCAAAUGUGGCAGUGAAGUUAGUUAGUGUUUUCCCAAAUCCACUAUUGCAAUCACAUAUGUUGGAUCUUGUCUGUUGUCUAUCAUCCUUGCUAUCUUCGCAUCAAAUGGAAGUUGCAAUACCCUGCGCUACUGCUCUGAAUUUGGUAAUCUCAAAUUUGAAUGCUACAAGUGAGAAGGCAGUUAUGAAAGCAUUGAAAGAAACAGAUAUUUCCAUUUGUAUUGUUGGAAAUAUAAAAGAUUGUGCUGGAGAUGUGAAGAAAAUUGAAUAUUUUGAAGAGAUGGCUUCCCUUUUGAGCACAAUACUGUGGCGGUGGCCUCUGUCUAGGUUCCCUGUUUGUGAUGAUGUUAAACUUAUGAAAGCUUUAGCAAACAUGCAUACAAGGACAGAUAGUGCUAUUAGACUUGUACUUUUAAAGUUGUACACAUCUUUAGCUUUAUGUGACUCUGUAGCAAAAAAACUUAUAGCGGAUGGAGAAGUAUUUCUACAAAUGAUUGUGCAGGCGAUGGGAAAAUCAAAUCCUGAUAUUGUUCGGGUUGAGGGAUUUAGGCUUGCUCAAUGUGUAUUGAGGUCCCAAGAGAAUUGUUUAAAAAUGGUGGAUUUGUGUGGUGAAGCUCUUGUUGAUGCCAUAAUUUGUGGGAUGAGAGAAACAAGGCUGAGUUCUAAAAAAAUUGGGAACAACCAUGGUUCUUUAUUAGGGGAAGCAUGUCAGUUGGCUCUAAUUACUCGUUGGACAGGUGAUCAUCACACCAGUUUUUGGAAACAAGGAAUUGAUAAAGUCCUUCUUAAUCUUCUGAUUGAAAAUAUUCAAGACCAGUCACCUGAACUUGUCUUGUCAUUGGAAAAACAAAUAUCCAUGGUGAAGGAGGGAUUAAAAGCCAAUUAUCAUCUUGGUCUGAGGAGUUAUCUAUGGGACAUUCUUGGGGGGCUUUCAAUUCAUUGUGGAGAAAAUUUAAACUCUUGCACCCAUGGAAGUGAGCUCCACAUCAACUUACUAAUUACAUGUGCAUGCUUGACUUUUGUGGAUACAAUGCAAAAAUGGUGCCGAAUAUGUCAAAAGGAUGUUGAUGAUAAUUUUCAAAGCGAACCAGUAUCAAGGGCUGUUCUAAUGAUGAUUUAUUCUCCAUGUAAUUACAUUUCCUCACAUGCUAGAUUCUUAUUAUCUGAUAUACUUAAGGUGGAAGGCAUUCCAUGCUUGGAAAACUUAAUCCAUACUCUGGAUUAUACAUCAUCCCUAGAAAGCUAUGGGUUGUUUGAUAAACUUCAACUUGUUAUUAACUUGAUAGGGUUAACUUGUCUUUCAAGUUUACCACAGUUUCAAAGAUGUAUCAUUGAAAGCAACGGGAUGAAAGCAGUUCUUCUUCUUGUGAAACGAUGCUUAAGUAAUGACAUUCAUGUAGAAAGGCCUAGCUUUGCUCCUCAUUUGCAUACAAGAUUCCAUGAAAGGUCCUGUUGCUGUAUUUAUAAAGAAGAUUGGGAAGGUUCCAAUGUUCUCUUAUUUUAUGGCUUGUGGGGCUUAGCUGAAUUUCUUCACCAAUGUGGCCUUUUACAAGAUAAUCCUCAGAAAUUUACUAGCAAGGUGACAUACAUUAAAGAUCAAUUAGUUAGCGAACUUCAUGAGAUCUGUAGUAGCACCUCUUUCAGUCCUGGAGUGAGAUGGUAUGUUUCUUAUAUUCUUAGUUAUUUUGGAUUUUAUGGUUUCCCAAAUGAAUUAGCCAAAAGGAUUGGGAAAUCUCUUAAUGAGGAAGAAUAUGCAGACUUGCGACUCAUAGCAAAUGGGGAUUGUGUGAAUGUUCAUGGUGUUAUUCUUGCUGUACGGUGUCCAUCAUUGCUGCCUCCUGAAGUGUUGCCUAGUAGUAAGAGUUCUAAAGAGGUAGCAGAUAAGUUUGUUGGAGGGACUAUGAGAGAAGUUCGUUUGUCUGCUCAUGUUGAUUAUGAAGCAUUGGUGUUGUUGUUGGAAUAUAUAUACUUAGGAUGCUUACAUGCCGGAGAAGAAAUGGUAAAGAAGCUGAAAAUUCUUGCUAAGCGCUGCAAUCUACAGCCUCUCUUGCAAAUGCUUUAUAGACAAUCUCCAAAGUGGGGUACACCUUUCCCCAGCUCUGAUCUUAGUCAUCUUACUUCAUCUCUUGAUUCAGCUGGAAGUUCUUUUUCGGAUGUCGUAUUGGAAGCUAAAACAAAUGAACUUGUUGGGUGGAAAUGCAAUAUUUGUUCUCACUCAGUACCACAUUUGCAUGUUCACAAAGUUAUAUUGCAGUCUGGUUGUGAUUAUUUACGGGGUUUGUUCCGAUCAGGAAUGCAAGAGAGUCAUUCGCAAGUCAUAAAGAUUGCUAUUAGCUGGGAAGCAUUGAUUAAACUAGUACAGUGGUUUUAUUCCAAUGAACUGCCAAAUCCUCCCUCUGGAUGUGUGUGGGAUAAUAUGGAUGACGAAGAAAAGCUAUUCAAUCUGCAACCAUAUGUGGAGCUUUGUUGGCUUGCUGAGUUCUGGAUUUUGGAAAAUAUUCAGGAAGCCUGCUGGAAUGUGGUUAUGUCUUGUCUUGAUUCUUCCAAGCAGUUGUCCAUUAAGAUAAUCAAAAUGGCUUAUAAUCUCUCUUUGUGGAAGUUGGUUGACAUUGCAGCAAAUCUCAUAGCUUCUUCAUAUAGUCAAUUACGAAAUUCUGGCGAACUUGAAGAGUUUGAUGAUGCGCUAGUUCACUUAAUUUAUUCUGCUUCUGUUCGACUUACCCAAGAAGGCGAAAAUUGCUUUAGGUGAUUUAAUAUUCUUCAAGAUGAUUCCUAGUGCAGGAGAUUCAGGAGCUGUGUAGAAAACCUUUCAGGAGCUGUGUAGAAAACCUUUUAGGAGCUGAACCUUUUACGUCAUGUUAGGUGAAUUGUAGAAUGGCAGAAUUGCAAAGGGAAGAGACACGGAAGAAGGGAGAGAGAGGAGAGAAUGAUUGGAAGAACCUGAUUGCUUGGUUUUUCCAUACAGCCAUCGUGGCUUUUAUAACAGCAGAUUACAAGAACUUGAUGUACUGUAAAGCUUUCCUGCUCUUAAAGUGCAGUCGAAGAAAUUAUGUCACUCGCUGUUCAGCAACCAGGUCAAAGCUUAGUCUUCAGAUCUAUUUAUUUAAUUAAUCUGUUCCUCCUUCCACCAUAUAAUUUCUUGGUAUUCUGACUGAAUAUGAUCUGCUUUAAGAAACUUUCUAUCCUCUUCUGGCUACAAGUAUGUCAGUAUCGGUAAGUUCUUCCUUUUGAUCAAUUUCUCAGCUGGCAGUAAUUGGAAACGAGUAAUGUAGGCGUUUUCUAUUUCAUUCAUGUAUGGGCUGUUAUGUGUUUUUUCUUUUUAUGGUUUAAAGUCAAAUAGUUAGGUUGACAUAGAAAAAAGCAAAUUAUGGCCAUGUUGUAAGUAGAAGGAAUUGAUUCUUUCAUGUUAGUUAUUUCUUCCUAAAAAAUAUAUUUUUCACUUUCUCUUGCCAAACAGGGACAAGAGAAUCUUCAAAUGGUCUCCCAAAAUAAACUUGAUUGAUCAGGCCAACAAUUACCACUAUUGGAAUUUGCUUAUGCAUCAAAAUUAAUUAGCAAAAUCAUGGCAUGAUACAGAAUUCUUUGAACGAACAUUGUUAUUUACCGUAAUUCUUUUUACUUCUUUUGGUUUUGCUUGACUAACAUGAAGUAAAUUUAUAAUUUUAUCCCUCUAAAAUGUUACUUGUGUUGAUUUGGUCUUCAAAAGUUUCUGUUUAUAGACCAAUUUGUAUAGAUGGAAAUUAUUUAGGGCCAAAGCAAUAUAGUAAUGUCUUCUAGGGACCAAAUUGAAUAUUUACUCGCUCACAUGUAUUUAUCUAACUAUACCUGAGUAAAUAUACAAUUUGACCUCUGAAAGACGUUACUUGUUGUGCUUUAUUACUCGAAAAGUUUGUCUCACAAAUUGGUCCCCGAGGGAAUGAACUUGUUAGCAUGUAGAGACAGAAACUUUGAGGAACUAUGUAAGCACAUGUAAUGUCUUAGCAGACUCUCUUGCUAAGAUAGGGUUAAACUACAAGGGUGAAGAAUUAUGUUUGUUUGAGUCUCCCCCUGUUAGUUUAGAUUUGAUAUGGAAUUCUUUUAGUUUGAAUUUGCUGAUAGAGCAUGUGAAUUGUAGCAUGCAUCAGUUACAGUUGUAGUUCUUGCUGGGCUAGGCCCUCCAUUUAUAUCAAAAAAAAAAAAAAAAAUUGUGUAUUUACUGAAUUAUAUCAUAUUUUCAUGAGAUAGGGAAUAUAUGAUGAUUUCAUAUAUCAUAUGUAAGGGUAAAGUUGCGUACAAUAAAUAAGAUUAAUCUCAUUCCUAUCCUUGCUAGUCGGGAUUAAUGAGGAGUGAUUUUAUUUUAUUUUUAAGAGAAUAUAUGAUGAUUUGU